AUGAACCUCGAUCUCAGCUGGCUCGAAGAGCUCGCACCGCUACAAGUUCCCGAUGAUGGGGCAAAGCCUCCAAAGAAGAAGAGGAAGCGACCCGCGGUCCCGCCAAAGUGCAAGCCGCCUCCGCCCCGCCGAGCACCCGCGGCCAAACCGGCCGGGAGGGGUCGUAUCAAGCCCAGCACUGCUACUGCUGCAACGGCAGCACCGGUGAAGAGCGCAGAAGCAGGGCCUUCACAGCCAGCAGCGUCGUCACAUGGGCAGCGUGGUCGCGCACACGACCAGCGGCAAAAGACCGAGCGGCAUCCGGCAGCUCGGACUAAAGCAGGCUUCUCGGCGACCCAGGAAGUCGAGAUCUCCGACCGGCAUUUCCUCGGCGCUCCUGACGGCGUGAACCGUGUCGUCCAGGGUCGCCUCCCAACGCCUCCACCAGUCCGAGCGGGCAUCGCCGAGAUGAUCGUCAUUGAUUCUGACAGUGCUCCUGAGCCAGAGCUGGAGACCGAAAGGUUGGGAAAGCGGCGCCGUACGGAGGGCAAGGGGAGGGGAAGGGCACGUGCCCCGCCUAAGCCGAAGGUGACGACGAAGGCCCAGGCAGCGGCCAGGAGCAAACCGAAGCCACCGCCCAAGAUCAAGACCCCGAAGCCCAAGGCUGUGAAGGGAGUAAAGGGAGGGAAGAGGAUGCUCCGCAAGACGCGAGAGGCUAGUCCGUCUCCGCUCUCCUCGCCCCCACCCCUCUCUCCGCUCACCUCUCCACAUGCCGCCGCCACCCCCUCCCCGUUCCCUACCACCCCGGUCCUCAAGAAGCUCAAGCAGCAGACGGACGAGCUGAACUUCGUCCUUCCAGCACAUAGGCUGUUCGUCGGCCGGCCGGCACGUUCGCCCUUCCUGUUCGGCACGGAGGGGCCGUGGAGUGCAGAGAACCUCGCUUGGAUCGAGGGCAGGGAGCUGGAGGAGGUGCGACCUAAGAAGUGGGUGCCGCAGUUCUGGAAGUGA